AGAUGCAGGAGAAGUCAACAGGUUGCCUUGCUUCCUGUACGUCGAUAGGAACCGUAGGGAUAACCGUCCCGGGAAGAGAGUUUCGAGAUGCUGCACGAGCCUCCUUGUGGAUGGGGUCCUCGUCGUUCAUCCCGUAGUGAUCUCGAGGCAGGGGCCCGAAGACGCUCUGAAUCUUGCGUCAACGGAGAUCCCUUCACCUCCUCAGGUUCACUGGUGGCUCACCUCGUGUCCGUGCAAGUGAAGCCAAGCGCAGGCUGACCCCUGCAUAUCUGGUCACGUCCCCCUCUCACCCUCCAUCCAAUCAAGCCCCUCCCCCCUUCCUCAGGGCUGCAACAUCGUCAAUUCUUGUCGAAUGGUGAAUGGUGCAGGUCCCAUUCCGUCCGUCAAGAAUUGCCUGUCGGUCGACGAAGCGUCUUUGCGGUGGCUUGGGACGAAUCCACUUGCAUACGACGAAACAACGAAACAAAACAGGGGAGGGUGCCUCUGGACCUAUCGACACACAUUUCCACCUCACCACCACCAGCACAAUCUAAAUCCUGCCGUGCAGGCAUUCUUUUCUUCCCUCUUUUUUUAUUCUCUUGAUAUGACCUCCCUGCCCUGAGGUCGGCUUUUGGUUGUUUCUGUUCUUCCUGUUGCCUUGACGGUGUUUGUUUUCUUUUUCCCUUACAUUCGCAUCGCUCUGGGAGCUGGUAAUUUAUAUGGACGACGGUCAUUUGCUACGACACACUCGGCAUCUUUUUUCUUCAGCACCAUCAUCACUUCAGUUCAAGCAGCGGGCCGGGCCUUUAUGACACCUUGAUAUCCUCUCUCUCUCUUUCUCUCUCGAUUUCAAUAUUCCGACCGACGAAAACAACUGUUCUUCUUUCGGCACGCCCUUCCCUUUUUUGUUUUCGCCAACCGUUUUUAUAUCCCGAAUAUCAGCGCCCGCCGUUGAAGGGAGGUACUCGAGGCGCAUUAUUUUUAAGGGGCAGCACAGUUCGCGAACCCUUCAAAGAACAAGCGCACGGCGACCUGCAGGGCCUGGCGACCUAUCACCGCGCGUGGGGACAAUCCAGCGGGAACAGACGGGGAGAGCUUAGGUUGUGCGACGUCAAUAUCAACAUCAACAAUCGUUGACCACUGAGGUUGACAGACUGGGACGCGCAACUGUUGGACUCAUACUUUCAAGUCAAACAAACCUACCUGACAACUUCACAUCGGUCUGAAAACGGCUCAUCUGAGGCACACAGAGGAGACAGCAUGCUCGCCGGAUAAAAACUCACAUCAAGACAACAUUCACCCACCUGAUACACAAGGACACUGAACUUUCCCUUCACCAUGGACCGCUUCAACUUCUUCACCGGGUCCUUCUCCCGGACCAACAAUAACAACAACAACACCAAUGACACCAACGACACCAUAACCGACAACACCACCACCAACACAGUCACCAUCCGCACCGCUCCCGUCGUUCCCCGAACCUCAACCUGCAACCCCUCCCUCCGUCCCCCACCAGGCCCCCACCCAGCAACAGUCGAAAAUUACAACCCCUACACCACCACCACCACCAACAACAACAACAACCCCUCCCCCUACGGCCUCUCCUACCCAAUCUACCAAUCCUACGACCCCCGCACAACAAACGACGAACACGUCCCCUUAUCCCCCCGUUUCUCCCCCUACUCCGAUCCCGAAUCCGGCCAACACCACCCCCAGCCCCAACAACCCCAGCGGUUGUCCUUCCUCGCCCGGUUCCCCCGCCCCUCAUUCUUUGGUUUGCGCCCCCCAAGCAGCAACUACUCUGGUGCUGGGUUGAGAGGUGCACCGCCCACGGUGAUCAACGGGCAGGAAGCGACGGUGGAGAGCCCAAAGAGCCCGGCGUUCAGGAUCGGGGAGCAGGCGCUGCCGAGCACGAGGUUGCACUUGCCUGGGCUGGAGAGGGUAUGGACUGGGGGGAGCAACGGGCCGCCGACUAGGCCUGGGACGACGACGGCUGGGCAGGAGGAGGUGGCUGAGCCGGAGAGGGCGGUGGCAAGGGGGAGCAAUCGGUCCAGGAGGCAUAGGAGGGAGGCCAGUGGGGGGUCUGGGAGGCAUAGGAGGGAGGGGAGCGGGGGGUCGAGACGGGAAGGCGGGGAGACGAGAGAAGAGAGGAGGCGGCGGAGGAGAGAUGGAGAAACUCGACGACGGAGAACAGAACAGGGGAGUUCAACCAGUAGCGGCAGUCGAACAGGCGGCGGCAGCGGCGGCAGCAGGAGGAAACCCCCCAAGAACUUCCUCUUUUGCUUCCCCUGGAUCAAGUCCCGGCGCAUCCGCACGCAGAUCCUGCGGUGUUUUGUGUCGGGUUUGUUUCUGAUACUCAUCUUGACUGUGUACCUCUCCCUGACCCUCACCAAAAACAUCACCUCGUCCGAGUUCACCAUCUUGCUCAUUCUCAUCAUCUUGUUCAUCACCAUCUUCUUCUGCCACAGCCUCAUCAAGCUCUGCAUGCUGGUGAUCAAGUCACGGAACGGGACACUGCAAAGUAGUAACUGCUCCUCCAGGGAAGGCGGAGUGGUAAGGCCAGAGAUGAUCCAGCAAAUCGCCCCAGGGAGCGGGUACGCCAUCCCACGGGAGCCCAUCAGGGUUGUGCUCGCGAGGGACGAGGAGGCGGUGGGGAUCGAGAGCGAGGCGACAAAGUUGGGCCCCCCCGCGUAUGGACUUUGGAGGGAGAGUGUGAGAGUUGAUCCGGAUAGGUUUUACUGGGCUAGGAACCAGGCUGCUGCUGGGCCGGGGGGUGCCGAGGGUGGGAAUACAAGUGAGGAGACGUUGGCCAGCGGUGUCUCUUCAGAUCCGAGCUCGAGGGGCACCGGGGGGGUGAGGAGGCCACCGUCGUAUGCUUCUGAUGAUGGGGUUAGUUAUGUGGUGGAGGCGAGGCCGAGGUCGAUGGUGCCGCCGCCGUUGGGGAGUGAGGAAAAUGCGGCUGGUCUGCAUCCGGUAGAGAGGGAAAGGUUGCAGCAGCAGCAGCAGCAGCAGCAGCGGCCGGCGGUUUGGGUGUAG